AUGGAUAUACAUGGAGAAGCUGUUCGGAAGGGGGUGUCAUGGAAUUCAUUAUUUCAAUCUUCUUCAAGCUCCCUUAAUAGUGAAGGUUUGGAGUUAAGUUUCAUUGAGCCUGUUUGUAUUGAUGGUAUGCGUGUUGCACAAUGUUCUUCAGCCAUGCUUAAGGCAGAAUUAUCUAAAUGGAAGAACACUCUUCUUGGGCAUUUCAUUGGCCGUAGGCCAAGUUUUACUUAUGUUAAAGAAGUGCUGCUAAAACAAUGGAGUAUUUCUGGGCAUGUGGAUGUUAAUCUUUUAGAGAGUGGAUUCUUUGUUUUUCGUUUCAAUUUGGAGGAAGAUAAAGUUAAAGUGCUAGAAGGAGGACCAUGGACUGUGCAGCGAAGACCGUUGAUCCUCCGGCCUUGGAAACCAGGAAUGAAGCUUGAAAAGGUUGAAUUAAACUCCAUUCCUAUCUGGAUUACUUUCCCCAACCUUCCUUUUCACUUCUGGAAUGUGGAGGCUUUGAGUUCGAUUGCUAGUGUUAUCGGCAAACCGAUAGCCAUUGACAAAAUGACAAUGACUAAGGAAAGGCUCUCCUAUGCCCGCUUAUGUGUGGAAAUUGAGGCUACCCAUGAUGUCCCGGAGCAAGUGGCUGUCCAUGAUGAUGAAGGGUUGGUGUUCUUUCAAAAAGUGAAGUAUGAAUGGUGCCCUCCACGCUGCAAUAGCUGCAUGAUUUUUGGCCAUGCCACUAGUCAAUGUGGUGCUAAUCAAGCUACACAGAAGGGUAACAGCCGAAAAGAGUGGAGGGUGAAAGGUGGUGCUGGUCCUUCUCGGAUCACGGAAUCUGAUGGGAUCACGAAAUCUAUGGGGAUUUCCAAAUCUGCUGGUUCUAGAAAUCUUCCUAAUUCUCCAACCAAGAUUGCAGCUGGUAAGGGGAAGGAAGUUGUUCAUGUCAAUGCAUUUGCUUUGCUGGAAGAUCUAACGGAGGAAGUUGCCUAUGAUCCAAAGGAGCUAAUGUUGGAUGUUGAUUCUUGCAAUAUCUUAUUAGGAGAUGAGCUGGAUGAUGGGCAGAAUCCAAGGGAUUCUUUAAUUACGCAGAUGGGGAGAAUCUUGGAAGAAAAGGGGAGAAUUGGUGAGGGUGGAGAGAAGGAGAGUGGGGCACUUAUGGAAGGUAAUAAUUCUUCCACUUCAGUUUUGGUAAGCAAUGCUGAUUGGGGGAGCUCUAUUAGGGAUUCUCUUUUGAAGAUUCUUGAUGAGGGGGCCACGUUGGAUGGUGAUGUCAUUGAAGAAGGAGCUAAAGAAGUUGCCCGGCCAGAUUUGAUUUCCAAAACUGCCAGCCUAUCCACCAAAGGAAGAAAGGAUUCGGCUAGCUUAUCUUUGAAAGACCCCACAUUUGAAGGUAUGUCCAACCCCACUAUCCCCAUUGUUUUAAAUUCAGAUAAAGAGGGGAGAGGACUAAGGGAGCAGGGAAGGAGAAGAUUUUUGGCUUCUUUCAAGCCUCAGCGUAUUGAAAUCACUUCCAAUGCUAGUUCUGUGAAGGGGACUGAGAUUGGAUUGGCUUUGGGGUUGGAAUUCUUGGUUCUUCUUUGGCCUGCCACCGCACCUGUUUAUGCUUUUAAUACUCUUGAGGGGAGGCUUGAGCUGUGGAAAGACAUAGAGGAAAUUGUCUGGUAUGAUCGACCCCCGGGCUGUAAUGGGGAUUUUAAUAUUGUUCGGCAUCAGAAUGAGAAGCUUGGAGGGGAGGCCAUUCUUCAUGGGGCUGUAGAGGACUUUAACGCUUGUCCAAAGCCUUUCAAAUUUUUCGAUGCCUGGACUACUCAUGGAGAUUACUUUGAAGUGGUUAAGAAAGGCUGGGCUUUCCCUAUAAAGCCACAGUCCAAUCCUCUUCUUUGCUUCGCUGCAAAGUUAAGGAAUGUUAAGCUUGAGCUGAAGAGGUGGAAUAAGGAGGAUUUUGGGGAUGUUUUUCAUUCUGUCAAGGUGGCUGAGGAGGAACUUUCCAGAAUUCAGGCUGAUAUAUCUUUGAAUCCGAUGGAUGAUUCUCUAAUUAUCCUAGAGAGAGAGGCCAAGGGCAAGCUCUGGAGUGCUUUGCAAAUGGAGGAGAGGGUCCUAAAGGAGAAAUCUAGGGUGAAGUGGCUCCAACUAGGUGACGGAAAUAACAGUUUUUUUCAUAAGUCCAUGCGUAGCAGAUUCAAUAGAAAGCAUAUUCUGGAGAUUGUUGAUCAGAAUGGAGUGGUGGUUGAAGAACCAAAAAGGAUUAAAGAAGAGGCUGUAAACUUUUAUUGUAAUUUAUUUGGGACUGAUUCAAUUGAUGAGGGAACCUGCCCAAAUUCUAUCCACCUUUCGGGUGCUAUUUCUGAAAUUCAGAUAUUGGAAUUGGAAAGGGGGAUUAGUAGAGAGGAGAUCAAGGGUGUGGUCUUUGCUAUGAAAGAUUCUAAGGCCCCAGGGCCUGAUGGUUUCGGGGCUAGAUUUUACAAAACAACCUGGGAGAUUAUUAAGGAGGACCUUAUCAAGGCUAUUAAUUGGUUUUUUGAGAACUCCCUUAUGCCCUAUCUCGUUAAUGCUACCUUUAUUUCUACGAUCCCUAAAUCUGGAGAUGUUUCCUCCUUUGCGGGCUAUAGACCCAUUGCCCUUUGCAAUCUGCUUUAUAAGAUCAUUUCUAAGAUCAUCUCUAAUAGACUCGAGAAGGUUAUCGGCGAGGUGAUCAGUUUCAAUCAAUCAGCUUUUAUCAAAGGAAGAUCUAUAGUUGAUAAUAUUCUUGUUUGCCAUGAUAUUGUGAGAGGAAUUGAAGCAGAAAGCAGCCAACCCCUUUGUGGUGUUGAAGGUUGA